ACGCUAACCAGAAAAAUAUUUUUGCAUCAGAAAGUACAGCGCCGACGAGGAAAAUGCAGAUCUUCGUGAAAACGCUCACCGGGAAAACCAUAACGCUCGAGGUCGAGUCGAGCGAUACUAUUGACAAUGUCAAAGCCAAAAUUCAAGACAAAGAAGGAAUUCCCCCGGAUCAGCAGCGAUUGAUAUUUGCUGGAAAGCAGCUGGAAGAUGGCCGCACCCUUGCUGAUUACAAUAUUCAGAAAGAGUCGACUUUGCAUUUGGUUCUCAGGCUGCGUGGAGGUAUUAUUGAGCCGUCGUUGAUGGCUUUGGCUAGGAAGUAUAACCAAGAUAAGAUGAUCUGCCGCAAAUGUUAUGCUCGUUUGCAUCCUCGUGCUGUUAACUGCAGGAAGAAGAAGUGUGGACAUAGCAAUCAGUUGAGGCCAAAGAAGAAGAUCAAGUAGACAUGUUGUCAAGAUUUUAAUUGUCGCAGCUUUUCUGCCUUGAACGAUUCAAACCAUUUUGGAUUGCAUUUGCUUGUAGUGGAAGAUAUGAACCAUUUAUCAAUUUGUUUUGUUUGGAAUGAUAAGAAAAUUAAGACAUUUUGUUACAUAUAAAUGUUCCUUGUAUUCUUGGUUUA